GAACAAAACGAAAAAGCAAUGUCAUCUAAUUUGAUGUUUCUCAUUGCUUUAUUGUCAUACACAUUGAUAAAUCAAUUAGGCAUAACCAAAACACAUCCAUGCAAGUAUUGUCUACGAUUGUACGAUGGAAAGUAUCAGAAUGGUUCAUAUACUGAUUUGUACAAAAGCGUUGGCUCACUCUCACCACCAUGGAUACCUGGAUCUGUUUGUGGACCUGUGAAGAAUGCGACGAUGGGACAGCCCCCAUACUGGCGUUUAUAUGAAGGCGUCAACUACUCUGGUAAGGACACUGCUAUUGGACAUAGUGCCUGUAUUGAUGACUUUAUGAAGUCCGGAUCAAAUGGAACUUAUAAGAAUAAUGGAACGGUUUAAUAUAUCAAUGAAUCGAACAGUGAAAAUUAAUAUGGUCGAUACUACUCGAGGAAUUUCAUGUGCCUAUAAUUGUUGUGUGCUCUUAACUAAAUAUAUGCAUAUGAACUCUGGAUAUCUGUAUUCUGAGAGGUUCCAAACAUUGUGCAGUAGUUGGUAAACAUUGGCACUUCACGUCCACGGAUAUAUGCGAUUAAAUCUGUGUGGACAUAUGCUAAGUUUGAAGCUCCCAUGUGUUCACUUUAUCUGCGAACGAUAAACAAUACUGAGUGACCAAUUAGCAGUAAGCUAGCUAUUGAUAUAUAUAUAUAUAUAUAUAUAUAUAUAUAUAUAUAUAUACAUCGAUAUUGACAUGGAAAUUUUUUAAACAUUUAUUCCAUAAGAAUAGUUUAGUUAAUUAACAAUUAUACGGUGAAAAUAAACGUACAGUUUUGGUACAUAAAUGGCUCUCACUACAUUUUCAUCGGUUCAUGAUUUCAAUCAAGUGAUAUUAUAUGUUGAAGAAAGCUUUCGUGUACAAUCAAGUUAAUCAGAGGCAUGCGAUAGUUGUCUGGUGUGUGCUACUUUUAUUGACAUAAGUAGUAUAUGAUGUUUGUCGUAGACAAAAGGUCUGGAAGCAGAGAGACAAGAGAAUCGAACGGUAAAGAAUGGAAACAAAAUGCAAUUCGUAAGAAGAUGCAAGAACAAUGAAGUCUGAGUCGUUUCGAGACAAUCGAUGGUCAUUUUGCAAAUUAAGCAUUUUACAUUAAGAUUGCUAAAUUUUAUUGACAAUUCCUGUUAUUUUGUGUUAAAUACAUUCGAAUGUCCGCACUGGUGUUCUUGUUCACUACAGUUCUACGUGGGGGGUAGUGAUAUUUCUUAUGCAGAUAUCAUAAUACAAGGUCACUAACCAGAAAAACAACUGCCAUGACCUUGUUUUAUGCAUAACCAAUGAUGUCAAUCACUAUCAGCCUUGAGUAAGCUGUGAAUACUUAUUAGUCCUCUGUAUAUUAACUUCUCGCCUGGCCUUCUCAGUUCAAAACAGCCCACGCUAUAUCAAUCGCAUAUCUCAGGCAUAUGUGGUUUAUGUGCAAGCAGAUUAGACCACAUCACACGAAUAAAAUGGAAAACAUAAUAUUAUACCAAGCCAAGCCGAUAGUGAGUGUUAGUUUAAGAGACUGUAACUAAUAUGUUGGGAAUAAACUAAGAAUAGUAAAUCAUAUAACAAUAGCCAAUAGAACAAAACACAGUAAUAAACCAAGUAAUAGUUAACCUUAUAAGAAAACAAAAUGUGUGAAAUUGUUGAUGUUGCUAACACUAAUAGAUUUCAGUGACAAACGAAAAUUGUGACUGAAUUUCAUGAAUAACUCAAUUGGAAAAUAUUCAUUUUCUUUUGAAUGUCAAUAAAUACUUCUAAGAAUGGGGUUUUGUGGAGAUUGCAGUAAUUUGGUAGUUGAAUUCAUGAGUCAAUUGAAACUAGACCACCAUGGAAAGCCUGGAAACAUUAGACAUCUGUUUCAUUCUAGUAAUGGACUCUUCAGAAGUACGCAUCCAUGAGUCCGUUUGUGGGAUUCAGAAUCAGGACUUAUUGGUAUCGCGUGUGAACGUUUCUCUUGUAGACCACUGAGUCAGACAGCAUCCAACAGUGUUAAUGUUUAACUUCAAACAAUCCACCAAAUUGCGCCACCGUCCACCAUUGUCUUGUCAGUUAUUAUCUCACAACAGACCUGGUUGAA